AACAAAAAAAAACAAUAAAAACUAUAGAAAAGACAAAAAAAAAGGCUAACUAAAAAAAAUAGAGGAAAAAGACUCUCACUAAAAUAGAACCUCGAAAAAAGGACAGGAAAAGAACAAAAAGGACUCAACCAGGCCUGUCCAAGGGAAGAUUAGAAGGCUCGGCGCUUCACACACACACACACACACACACACACACACACACACACACACACACACACACAGAUAGACACGCCGAUAGAUAAGGCCGAUAGAUGGAGCCAUGAAGCAGCCCACGCCACGACCGAUACUGAUGGGACUCGUGGCAGGGCGGGGAGCGGCCCGGCGGGUGCACGGGUGAGCAGGGCCAUGUGUGGGCGGCACCGGGCGGCGUGGGCGGCCCUGGCGCUGUGCCUGUGGUCCUCGGUGGUGUGGGUGGGGGCGGGGGAAGGGCGGCGCACCAGGCUGGUGACCAAGGCGGCGGGGAAGGAGGAGGGCGAGGCGCUGCCCCGCCCCGGCGCCUCCACCAGGGAGAGGGAGAUCGCAGCCAUCUUCAGGGGCGUGGCCUACGGCGCCCCCACCACCACCACCUCCUCCACCACCUCCUCCACCACCACCACCGCCACCUCCACCUCGGCCUCCACCACCAUUCACCCUACCGCCACCAGCCCGCCCCUUCGUCGUCGUCAGGAGGGCGGGGACGUGCAGGUGCCCGCGGCAAGAGACGGGCCUGGCCACUCCGCCUCCAGACGGGAUGAGGAGCAGCGGGGCGGCGGCGGCAGCAGCGCCGCGCCGCCCGUGGCUGGAGGCGCGAGCGUCGUCAAUAGCACGGCGGUGUCCUUGGGUCCUGUCUGGAGCGCCCGCGUGUACCUGACGGGCGGGCUGUUCGGCGCGGUGGGCGUGGCGGCACUGUGCCUCAUGCCGCGCGCCGCCGCCGCCUCGCCGCUGCUCGCCGCGCCGCACCAUUUCGCCCUACACCUGCUGGUGCUGGCCGCCGCCGCCUGCCGCUGCCUGCACCUGCUGCACGCCGCGCCGCACCUCACCCCCGCGCUGCCGCCCGCACUGCUGACUGCCGCUGAGGAGGGCGCCUGGCCAUUGCUGACCGCCGCCUUGGCCGUCGUGGUGGGUGGCGCGCUGCGGGCGUGGGUCACCCCUGCCAGGCCCCGCAUGGCCCUCGUGCUGGCUGGGGCAGCGGCUGCCCACCUCGCCUCCCUGGCCGUCACCCACGUGGGUGUGGUGCUCCUCCAGGCACCAUACGAACCGCUCUCCGUAGCCGCCUCCGCCGUGGCCAUCGCCUUCGGGGCGGGCGUGGGCAUGGCGGGACUGUGGACGGUGUGGCCGCUCGGCAGGGGUCGGUCUGCCAUGGGCGAGCUGCAGGAGCUGGGCGGCGACUCGUGCAGCGGUCCCGCGCCGCCCACACACUUGCUGGGGGCGGCAGCCUUCCUGCAGCUGCUCUUGGCAGGCGCACGGCUGUACUUCCUGGCCACGCCGCCCUCCCUUAACCCCCGCGUGGGCGUGGUGGUUCCGUGCCACGCUGCCCCACGCCCUGGAACUGGUGGUGGGAGCCCUGCUGCUGGCGGCCGCCGCCUGCACCUCGCAGCCAGCGGGCGUGGCAGCCUGUGGCUGCUGCCAGAAGAGGACCGCCGAGGUGGUGCACCCCUCGGCCGUCAAGAUGGUGCACCCACUCGGGGUGUACACCGUGGAGGAGGUGGCCGCCGCGCCACCCAAAAACCAGCAGGCCCGCACCCUGGCCGCGCUCUCCGUCACGGGCGCGCCCAAGCUCAAGCACCGCGACCACAAGAGCCUGGACUACGUGACGUCAGACUUCCAGCUAGUGUGGAGCCACGUGCGGCCCCUCGCCGCGCCGCACGCCGCCCACGACGGCGACGCCCAGGAUGACUUCCUCACUCUGGCGCCGGACAAGCAACCAGACCUGCCGCGCGCCCACCUGCUGCCGCUGGCGCCCGCUGGCGUGCUGGGCCCCGAGGUGUUCACGUGCUCGCUGCCCAGCUACCGCCUGUACGCCGCUGCCGCGGGCACGCCCUACCACGGCCGCGGGGGAGCUGCCGCGCCGCCUAUGCGGCACUCCGCCACGCUGUCCCGCGGCAGCAGCGGCCGCGUGUACUCGUCGCCGCAGGCCAGCCUUAGGGCGAGCCGCUCCUGGGACGAGCUGUCCACGAGCCACAUCUACGAGGAGCCGCAGCGCGCCGCCAGCGGCUCGGUGGAGGAGGCUCUCUCUGACCUGUCAGACCUGCUGACGGACUGCCCCAGCGAUCCCGCCAGCCCGGAUCCGCCCCCCGCUAGGCGGCGCACCCCGCAGCCCUUCUACCACAGCUCGUCCACCCUCACCGUGCCCCCCGCGCAGCCCCCGACCAGGGCGAGGGAGCCCUUCCCCCUCCCCACCACAUCAUCACCCCCCUCUCACACACUGCCGCCCACCUCCGCGCCCCCUAACCCCCUCCACCCCCCAAAGACUCCGCAUCCCCGCCUGUAGAGCGCCGAGCCGCGGCGGCACACUAAUCAGCUCUAAUUAGUGGCUUAGGUGGUGGCCGCGAGGCGCCGCACCCCAACCUUGUGUGUGUGUGUGUGUGUGUGUGUGUGUGUGUGUGUGUGUGUGUGUGUGUGUGUGUGUGUGUGUGUGUGUGUGUGUGUGUGUGUGUGUGUGUGUGUGCUGCAUAGAACGCCACGCCAAGCCACAGCUAUGCAGGAGCACUUGUCGUUCUGUGGUGGAGCUCAAAGAUGAAGGCGUGAGAGGGAGCAAUGGCCCGCGAUGGAACUGAAAGAUGCGACGUCACUGAAAUAAUCGUCUGUGAUUAGACGCGAAGAUGAGACGCUUGUGUGUGAUUGGACAGGACUGGUCAAGGAAAUGUGUGCUGGUGGUGCAGUGACUGGCCGUGACGAGGAGCACUGUCAGCAAGCACAGAGCAGGACGUUAGACUUGAUUUCUAUUUUUAUUUACUCAGAAAACCGUUCCCUCCCUCCUUCCUUCACGCCUGAGUCGCCUCACCUCCACACACACACUAACACGCCCCACAAAAACCCAAUCAUCUUUCCCACAACUAAAUUUUACUCCCUCCACCUCAAUAUUAUUUUGGUCCAAUUUCUACCUGGAAUUAUAUCCCUCCUUCAGUGUCACCUGUCGUUAGUUUGAGGUCGUCCAUUAUCACCUGCCCUUAUUAACACCUGUCUCCUGCAGCACCACCACCACUAACACCUGUCUACUCAUUUGUAUGCCCUCUCAUUACCUAUCCCAUUACUACACCUUUAUUACCUUUCCCUCUCAUUACGUCGCUUUUACCUGCUUCCAUUCCUUACCUGUCUACCUCAUUAAUCUGCUGUCAUUAGCUGGACCAUUCAUUAUCCUGCUAAACACUAAUAAACACACCCUAAUGACUAUACCAAAGGAGGCUUUUUUUAUUCCUAAAAUCUCAUUACUAUGUUUUUCUAGUCUAUUUUCGGAGGUCUGUCCAAAUUUUAGUAGCUGUUUGUAUCAUUUUUUAUCGUGUCUGUCUUUUGUCUUCCCUCUUUUCCGUCCUCUCCUGUCUCGAGGCAUAAAACUGAAGGAGUGAUGUUCCCUCUCCUUACUUUCCCCGUGUUGUAAUGUGAGAAAGUCUAGUGUGUGUGUGUGUGUGUGUGUGUGUGUGUGUGUGUGUGUGUGUGUGUGUGUGUGUGUGUGUGUGUGUGUGUAGAUGCUAAGAAAAAGAUACUACUAAUACAUAAUAAUACUAAUAAAGGUAACAAUAGAAAUACCACAGUGACAAGAGGGAGAAAUGUACUAAAUCCUUUCCUCUUUUACGUGUAUGGACAAAAUAAUAAUAAUAAUAAUAAUAAUAAUAAUAAUCCCUGUAGCACCAAGUGGGGGUCCCUUUAGAAGGAACUGUAGAUAAUACUACCAGAAAAAUAAAAGAUAAAAAAUAAAUAGAGACAAGAAUAAAAAAAGAGGAAUAUUUAGCAUUGAUAUGAACACAAGGCGGACAUUUUUUGCACAAGAGGUUUGUAAUAAUGUACUGAAUGCCACGUAUAUAUUAACACUACUAUUAUGAGUGAUGAAAUGACAUAUAUAUAUAUCUAAUGGUAACACUUGUACUAUUAAUAAACACAAUGCAAUCCCGUG